AUGUUUCAGGAACCUAGGACAUACGCUCUGUUCCUGUUCCUUGUGCUGAGUCAUGGGGUGGCAAGUCACAGAGUUCCAAAUUCCAGGCAGGAGUUGCCUCCUUUGUUGCAAAAAAUGGCGGAGGAAAUAAUAGACGGAAGCUACCUGAAUGCGUUCCUGGAUCUCAUACAGUUUCAAAGCACCCAUGUGUGGACGGCAGACCUGUCCCAUGGAGUCCUGGACUACCUGAAUUCACGGAACGUGGCCUUCACCAUCCCCAGCCUGCAGGCCGCCAUGGAAAACCACCUGCAGCAGCGUCUGUACCAGCCCCAGAAGCUGCUGGAGGACCUGAGGGACACAGAGGCCCAGCAGUUCCGCACGGCCGUGAAAUACCUCCUAGAAGACAAGGAGGGCCGCCUGGAGCUGGAAGGCACCGCCGUCGACUUGGGGGAGAUUCGCAAACAAACCUUGCAGAGCCCGGGUGUGAACCGCAGCCUGCUUCUCAUCACGCUGGAGCGGUGCUUCCAGCUGCUCGGCUCCCUGGAGUGUGUGGACGUCCUGGGCAAGGUGCUCAGGGGGUCCUCGGCCAGCCUCCUGCAGCCGGACAUCACGGACAGGCUCCCCGGGGACCUGGGCGAGGAUGCCUUCAAGAACCUGUCUGCGGUAUUCAGAGACCUUUACGACCGGACCUCGGCCCACGCCCAGGGAGCUCUGUACGCCUGGAUGGCUGCACGUUUGCGGACGCCCUCCAACGCCACUGAUGACUCUGCUUCGUGGGUCAGCGCAGAAGACUUAUGGAUUUUGGGCAGAUAUAUGGUUCACCUGUCGCUUGAAGAAAUUAUGAAAAUCAGUCCUACAGAAAUGGGGCUAUUCAUCAGCUACGACAACGCCACGAAGCAGCUGGACACGGUGUAUGACCUGACCCCGGAGCUGGCCCGGGCGUUUCUGGAGAGAAUCGGGGCCUCUGACUUUGACCUGAGGAACACCUCAACCGUGCACAGGCUGGGGCUGCUGGUUUGUUUCUACGAUGACCUGGAGCUGCUGGACGCCGCCACGGCCCGAGUCCUCCUUCACCAGAUGAUCAAGUGCAGCCGUCUGUGGGGCUUCCAGGCGGCGGUCCGGAAGCUCAAAGCUGAGCUUCUGGACAUCGCCACGGAGAACCAGACCCUCAAUGAGACCCUGGGCUCUUUGUCAGAUGCGAUCGUCGGCCUGACCCACAGCCAGCUGGACUCUCUCUCUCCCGAGGCAGUGCACGGCGCCAUCUCUACCCUCAACCAGGUCUCGGGCUGGGCCAAGAGCCAGGUCGUCCUCUUGUCUGCCAAAUACUUGGCCCAUGAGGGGCCGUCCUCCAACGUCAGCCAGAUGGGUGUGCUGCUGGCCGGGGUUGGCGCCCAGGCUUUCCACGACAUGGAGCAGAGGGGCCUCGUGCAAGUCCUGAGAAGUGCUGUCUCCCCGCACGGGUGCAGCCUGUCGCCUGUCCAGCAGCAAGGAGUCCUCAGCAAGAUCAUGGAAGCAGGAGAUUCUGCCUCGGGCAUUGCGGAAAUCCAAGGAGCUUUCUUUAAGGAGGUGUCUCUCUUCGAUCUGCGGAGGGAACCCCGAUUCAACGAGACUGUCGUCAGGGGAAAGGAGCUCCGGAGGGCUCAGGCCUUGUUCCUGUACGAGCUCCUGUCCAGGACCACCGGGAGGCCCGAGGUGCUCCUGAGCACCGGGCAGCUGGUCAAAGGCGUAACCUGCGCACACAUCGAUGCCAUGAGCGCAGACUCUUUCCUGGCCCAUUUCCGGCUUUUUGAGAACAACCUCGGGCUGCUCUCACCUGGCCAGGUUAAUUGCUUGGCGUGGAAACACUGGGAAGUUUCCAGGUCCUCUAUGCCGCCCUUCCUCUUGGCUGCACUCCCGGCGCGCUACCUGGCUUCCGUCCCCGCCUCCCAGUGUGUGCCCCUUCUGAUCAGCCUGGGGAAGAGUCACUUGGACGCCUUGGUGUUAGACUCCCACAAAAAGAAUGUGGUGCUCAGGAAGGUGCAGCAGUGCCUGAACGAUGCCAUCGCUGACGAGUACACUGUGGACAUCGUGCGGAAUCUGCUCUGCCACUUGCCGGCAGCCAUCAUCCACCACGGGGUGUCCCCCAGAGCCUGGGCCACCGCCCUGCACGGCCUCAGAGGUUGCCCAGACCUCAGCCCCGAGCAGAAGGCCGCAGUGAGGCUCAGGCUCCUGGAGCACUGCGGGCACCCCCAGAACUGGACAGCUGAGAUGAUCAAGGACAUGGGACCUUUUCUGGCACUUUUCUCAGGAGAUGAAUUAAGCUCUGUUGCCACAAAGUUCCCCGACAUCCUUCAGCAAACAGCUUCCGAGAUGGCCGGGACCUUGCCCCCUAAAGAAUUCCUCUGGGCUGUCUUUGAAUCUGUCCGCAACAGCAGUGAAAGGGGGCCCAGCGCUGACCCCAGCCCCGGUUGCCAGGGAGUCGUGGCUCCUUCUUCUGAUGACAUCUUCAGGUUGGCCGAAGCCAAUGCCUGCUGGGCCCCCGAGGCCCUGCUCUGCAUGGGGGAGGACGUCUUCAUCAGGAACGUGGAGCUUCUGGGGGCCGUCAGGGGUUUCAGCCGGCCUCAGCUGACCGCCUUGAAGGAAAAGGCUGUGCAGGUUUGGGACACGCCUUCUCACUGGAGAGAACACCACAUCCUCUCACUAGGCCGUAUUGCUCUGGCUUUUAAUGAGAGUGAGCUGGGGCAGCUGGGGCUCAGCGCCAUCGACACUGUGGCCUCCCUGAGCCAGCAGACGGAAUGGACCCUGGGCCAGGCUAAGUCCAUCCUGCAAGGAUUCCUGGAGGAUUCGGGCUCCUGCAUCCAGGAUCUGAAGAGCUUCCACUUAGUAGGACUUGGAGCAACCCUGUGUGCCAUGAACGCCACUGAAAUCGCACUUAUAAAGGUCGCAGAAUUCAGGGCGGUGGUGGCCAGAAUUGGGAGCCUGGUCUGUAGCACCCACGUCUUAGCCGAGUUUAAGAAGAAGGCAGAGGCUGUGUUUGGGAAUCCCACUGAGUGGUCCAGCUCUGUCUUGCAGGAGCUCGGAACCGUCGCAGCCGGAUUAACUAAGGAAGAGCUUCGAAUGCUCGACAAAGAUUUGAUGCCGUAUUUCCAGCCAUUGGCCAUCAGAUGCCUUCCGGACGAGAUAUUCAAAGAGCUGUCGGCGGAGCAGAUCGCCUCCCUGGGCCCAGAGAACGCGGCGGCGGUGACCCCAGGCCAGCGCCGGCAGCUCAGCAUGUGGCAGUUGCAGAGCCUCCAGCGGGCGCUAGAUGGCGACAAGCCCCGUGCUGGGCAGGACGCGGCCCCGAGCGCACGCCCCACGCGGACGCCCUCAGCGAGGGCUGCGCCAGAAGUCUCUGUCUCCGGGGGUCUUCGGCUUGGCUGCUCCCUGCUGGUUCUAGUGCUCCAGCUUCUGCGCUCAGAUCAAGCGGCCUGGCUUUUUGUGUACGUUUUGGGUACCACCCGCUCGCGGCGGCUACAGAUCCGCUGUCCCCUCUUCUCCACUUUGCUCUCCGUCUCUGGCUUCCCCCUGGGAUUGGCCAAGGGGGACCCAAGGGAGAUCUGA